GGCAGCACUGUUCCUUCAAAACUUCGUUGUUGUCGAGGCACGUCUUUAGUUAGGGUAACGAAAAUGUCGAGAGACUUUUAUAUCAGAUAUUACGUUGGACAUAAAGGAAAAUUUGGUCACGAAUUUUUGGAAUUUGAAUUUAGACCCGACGGUAAACUGAGAUAUGCCAACAACUCAAACUAUAAAAAUGACACCAUGAUUAGAAAAGAGGCUUAUGUUCAUAAAUGUGUCAUGGAAGAAUUAAAGCGCAUUAUUGAUGACUCAGAAAUAAUGCAAGAAGACGAUGCAGUGUGGCCACAGCCAGAUAGAGUUGGUCGUCAGGAGUUGGAAAUUGUAAUGGGUGAUGAACACGUUUCAUUUACAACAUCGAAAAUUGGUUCGUUAGUAGAUGUUAAUCAGAGCAAAGACCCUGAAGGGCUUAGAUGCUUCUAUUACUUAGUUCAAGAUCUGAAGUGCUUGGUGUUUUCUUUAAUUAGUUUGCAUUUCAAGAUUAAACCAAUUUAAGAUACGUCAAGAUGACUUUUAUGCAUCCAAAUUGCCAUUUUUAAUUUCUUUUAUUAUUCUAAUAGUAAUUAAAAACAUUCAAAAUUAACACAAGAUCUGUUCAGUUUUUGACUUUGGUUAUAUUACACAUGAUUAAAUUUGGUAUUUUUUUUAUGACAAACUGAUUUCAGUAAAUUUGUGAAUUAGAUUAUUUUACUACUUUUUGUCUUAAAUUUUCCUCACAUACCAUCUAUUACAAGUUACUUGUAAUCUACAAUAUUUAUUAAGUGCUGUGAAAAAUAUUUAAUGCAAUGUAAUUUCGUUAAUCUAUAUUAAUUUUGAGUAUAUAAUGUGUACAAUGAAUGAUUUUUACAUUAAAAUUACGUUCUCUGUGAUUCUUCACCUAA